AUGACAUCCUUUACGGCAAUUGACAACUUUGCCAAGGCAACACUAACAUCCAUCCCAGCCGAUGAAAAACCCACCUACAACACCCUCAAAAUCAUUCAUCAAGAACUGAAUGCCAAUGCCAUGGCGGUACCAUCUACCCUCGGAGGAGGACACUAUGGCCACCUAGCACUCGUCAUUCCACCAGCAGCAUUCAAUGCACUCCCAAUGCCAUCGCAUGGGACAUACACAGCCAACGAAAACAAAUUCCUCAUCUACAGAGCCACCGAAACAGCCCUCCAGAAACAACUUUUGGACGCCAUCCCGGACACAUUCAUCAAGUCAUUGAAGCACGCGAUGUAUGGAUAUGCCCAGGUCACAGCAUUAGCCAUCCUCACGCAUCUAGAUACGACGUAUGGAAAAGUCAAUGCCGAUGAUCUUGAGGACAACAUGAAAAGGAUGCAUGCUCAGUGGAGCCCUUCUCAACCCAUUGAAGACCUCUACAACCAGCUCAAAGAUGCACAAAAAUUCGCAGCUGACCAUGACACCAUCUCCGAUAAAAUGGCAGUCAGAGCCGCCAUCAAAAACUUAACCAACAGUGGGGUAUUUACUGAUGCCAUCAAAGAUUGGAGGAAAAUGAGCGACGAUGCACACACCAUGGACGCCCUCCAAACACACUUUACGGAAGCAGACAAGGAAAGACGUCGCAUCCUCACUACCAAAGAAGUUGGCUAUGCCAACAAGGCAAGCAUGAAGCCCGUCAACGAAACGGCCAACAAAGUCAUUAUGCACGGCAGCGGCACAGUCAUGUACUACUGCUGGACGCAUGGCCUUGGAACCAACAGCAACCACACCAGCAAAGAUUGCACCAAGAAGGCACCAGGCCGCAAGAUCGAGGCCAACGGCGACGAUAUGCUUGGAGGCUGCUGCAUCAUUAGACGCAAGGCAGGAGAACGCGCCGUAUUCCGUCGCCCACAGCGACAGGAACGCGAAAACCAAGGAAACCAACAGCCACCUGCCCAUCGCACCUGA